AUGAUAAGUUUUACAACUAAGACAGCUUUAUCAGUUCUCUUUGAGAUGGGAGUAGAAUAUAUGACAUUGAUUCAACAUAAUGAGAAUCGGUAUUUUAUGAUCUUGGGAAAUACUUCAAUAUUUUUUUUGAAAGAAGGAUUCGAUGUAUUGGAAGCAAAAGUGAGUUUUUAGUGUAUUGAUCGUUUGAUAGUAUCAUCUUAGGAUAUAUACUUAUUUUAAAUUCAUUUCAAUGCAAAAAGACCUAAAAAUGUACCAUUAAAAAUGAAUAUUCAUACUUUAGAGAGAAGAGAUUUAAUUAAAUUUAUAUAGUAGGGGUGGAAGACUGAUUAUAUGCAUAAAUUUUUGGAAGUUAGAGAAUUACCAACUUAUAAAGGGAAGUUUAGAGAUUACAAUUAUUAAGUGACAAUGUUAAAGAAACCUUAGGUUGAAUUAAUGGAAAAUUAAGAAAUGUAUAAGUAUAAUAUGCAUGUAUUAAAUGGUUACAAUAUUUUUUUUUUAAAUUCUUAUUAGAAUACAAAGAAAGGGUUAUAUAGAAACGGAUAAAAUAAAUCUUAAUUCACUUUGUAAGUUUCUGAUACUCAUGAACUUGAAGUUUUAGAGCAUAUGCAUAAUCAUUAAGAUAUAUAAUAUUAUGCUGAAUAUUAUAUCCAUAAUGCAUUGGGAGAAGAAGAAAAAUAUUGGAUUACUCAUUCAGCACCAUAUUUUAAAAGAAGAAAUCUAUAUAACGAUUUAGCAGAAUGGAAAUGUUGGUAAACAAGAGCUAAAGUAAUAAUGAAACAUUUAGAUGAACCUUAAUAAGGAAGUAGAAGAAAAAAGGCUGCAAAAUAGACUAUUGAAAUGGAAUAUGUUGUUAUAAUGAUGAGAAGAAAAUAUCAUCCACCAUAUUUAGAAAAUUUUGUUGAUAUUGUACUUACAUUUUUAUAUGAUCCAAAAUGUAAAGUUGAAGAUAAUAAUCCAGAAGCUGAUUAAGAAUAAUAAGAAUUAGAGGAAUAAUUAUAAGAAUCAGAAAAUGAAGAAAAUGAUGAAGAAGAAAAAAAAAAUGCUGGUGAAGCUUAUAUUGCUGCAGUUAAAUAAUUAUAUUCAGAUUAUUAUUGGUUAAAUAUUAUGAGAGAUGCAGCAGAUUCUAUUUAUGCAUCUGAUUUAAAGCCUAUGGAUCCUAUAUAUAAAGGAUUCUUAUAAUUAAUGGCUGAUAGUCUUGUAUAUGAUGAAGAAUGGAUGUUCUAUGUUUAAUAGAAACAUUAAAUCACACCAAAAAUUAGAGAAACUCUAGUUAUUCCAAUUAUUAAUGGAUUUAAAGCAUUAUUUAAAAAAAGUGAUAAUGAUAGAGAAUUAGAAAAGGAAAAAAGACCUGCAUUUAUUUUAGAUGAAUUUAAAAAGUCAUCUAAAAAUUAAUUUGAUGAACUUAAAAUUACUGAUAAAUAAAAAUAAGAAAAAGCAAGAAUAUAUAUAUAUAAGGUUUCUAGAUAUCUCUCUUUAUAAUUGGAUGGAGGUUUUGAUUCAAGUUUUAAAUUUAAAACUAUCAUGUAAGCACAUGCUAAUAAUAAAGAUGAUGUUUUAAAAGUUUUUGACUUUUGUUUAUAUUCAGUAUCAGAAUAAUCAGGAGUUAGUAAUGAUUUCAUUAUUGAAGAAGUUUCAAAGAAAUUUCCAAAAAUUGCUUAUCAAAAAUAUAUAUUCAAUGAAAGAGUUAUGAUUUCAUUUCUUGAUACUGAUUUAUUUAAAGAAGAACUAUUAAAAAAGGAUUAAUAAUAAUUAUAUAUAGAUUUAUUAAUGCAUUUAUUAAUUCAUAGUAAAACAACAAAAUUAGCUACAUGUAAACACAUUAUUACUUAUCAUUCUAAAGAUAAAGAGCAAAUAACAGAGUAGAUAGUAAAUCUUUAAAAAGGAUUAAUAUCACCAUUAUUGAUUGUUUAUUAAUCUGAUCAUCCAAUGUUAAGCACUUAUGCAUGUGUUGCUUUAUACAAUAUGUGUGCAAAUUCAAAAGAAUUUAAAUAUUAAAUCAUGAAAGAAAAUGGAAUUGCACUCAUUAAUAGCAAAUUAUCUACCAAUAAUCAAAAUGUUCUAUUAUAUUCUCUUAAAUUAAUAUUUUCAUUAAUGACAAUUGUCUAAAAUAUUGAAGCUUUUCUUUAGUUAGAUAUAAUGAAUACUUUAAUUGGAAUUAUUCAAAAACAUAAAGGAUUCGCUUUAUAUUCAGCUUAAGUCUUAGCAAUGUGUUUUAAGAUAUACACAAAAUGUAUAAGUAGAGAUAUGGAUCUAAGAGAUAAGCUAGAUCUGUUUUUCUAAGUUGUAAUUCUGAUAAGUGAUGCUUAUUUUGCAGAGAUUAAAGAUGUUGAUUUUUUAAAAGCAGAAGCAAUUAAUACAAUUUUUAAGAUUUGUCAUCUAAAUAUUGAAGAUGAAAAGUAUUUAGAGAGAGUUCAAAGUGGUUUAAUGCCUUAUAUUAUUCAAUUAUUGUAAGUUCCUAUAGAAAGGGAAUUACAAUAAAGUAUUGUGAAAUUAAUGUGCUUGAUGAUUGAUAAACGUCAAAGCUUUCGAGAUUAAUGGGAUGUUUAAAAUAUAGUUCCAGUAAUUGAAAAAUUUGAAUCUUAAGAGCCACCUAUCAAUGGAGCAGAUUUUCUACUCAAAUAAUUACUAUUAUCUGAUAAUAAAUGA